UGUGAAUUUUAUUUCUUAAACCUUGUAUUGAAAUACAACAUUUCUAAAGUAAAACCCAAGCCCUUCUCCAUUCUUUGUUUUCAGCCUUGAACCUGCAGAAAAAAACCUGCCUCCCAGAACAGUUUUAGUCCGUCUUUUGGAAAUUGAGAUUUUUCCGACAGCCCGUGAAGUAAACAGCAAAGCAAACUGACGUAAAAUCAGGAAGUGCUUGUGACACACACACAUGCACACAUACACACCAGCUGAAGUGUGUGUGUUUUGCCGCUCGUUUCACUCUGGUACACACAGUGUUCUCAAACUUACAGAGUCCUUUUGUGAAAACACUCAACUUGUUUGUUAGAGGAGGACAAAGAGCGGACGCGUCCAAACGGCCGCUUCCCAAACAUGCAGGCGGAGAAAGAAGAGGAGGACGAAGCAUCUCCUGAGCAGUACGUCGCCCUGUCACACUUCACUGGAGGUGGCAGCGACCAGCUCAGCUUCAGCUCAGGAGACACGCUGCUCGUCCACUCCAAGCCCUCCCCGGAGUGGUGGUGGGCAGACCUGCGGGGGGUCGUGGGCUACGUCCCUGCCAGCUACCUGCGCCUGGUCACCGCCGAGGAGGAGGAGGAUCAGGAGGAGGAGGACGCCUCCUUGGAGGACCCAUGGCAGGAUGAGGAGUACUUCGGCAGCUAUGGGACACUGAGGCUUCACCUGGAGAUGCUGUCAGACAAGAGUCGCACCGAGACGUACCGGCAGGUUAUUCUCAGCAACAGCGCUUCUCUGAGGGAUAAGGUGGUGAUGGACCUCGGCUGCGGGACCGGCAUCAUCAGCUUGUUCUGCGCUCAGCUGGCACAACCCUCAGUGGUGUAUGCCGUGGAGGCCAGCUCCAUGGCAGGGUACACCAGACAGCUGGUGAAGCAGAACAGCUGUGAGGAGGUGGUCACGGUGCUCCAGGGGCGAGCUGAGGAGAUCGAGCUGCCGGAGCAGGUGGACGUCCUGGUGUCCGAGUGGAUGGGUAACUGCCUCCUGUUUGAGUUCAUGGUGGAGUCAGUUCUGCAGGCCAGGGACCGCUGGCUCAGAGAUGGCGGCGUGAUGUGGCCUUCCUCUGCAGCCCUCACCCUGGUGCCAUGUCAAGCCGACAGCUAUUAUACAGAGAAGAUGGCCUUCUGGGAACGGCCCUAUGGCCUAGACUUCACCCCUCUUCAACCUUUGGCACAGCAGGAGUUCUUCACCAAGCCCAAGUUCAGCCACCUCAUUGAGCCCGACGACUGCCUCGCUGCCCCCUGUGACGUCAUCUGCCUGGACAUGAACACGUUGCAAGUGACAGACCUGGAGGAAAUAAAGGGUCAGUUUCACUUUUGUGUGGAAAAAUCCGGUGUUUUCCAUGGAUUCACCGCCUGGUUCACCGUCCACUUUGAGAGCCUGGAAGCAGGAGGCGCAACAGUGGAGCUGAACACCGGACCCAACUCUCAGCCAACACACUGGAAACAGACUCUGUUCAUGCUGGACAGGCCGGUCAGUGUAUACGCUGGAGACUCCAUCAGUGGAAGCAUUGUCCUGCACAGAAACCCUGUCUGGAGACGCCACAUGACCGUUACCCUGCAGUGGAGCAUUAACAGCAGCACAGAGGAUACAGAGAACUGCCAGGUUGGAACAAAGAGUUUCCCCAUGUGGAGGUGACAUAACCUCACCUGUCGUCGGUGGAGAGCCACAGACAACCAGCCUCGUCUGUUCCGCUGUGAGCUGCUGCUGCUGCCGCCCUGGAAAUAAAGUUGCCAUCAAUGUGACAGUGAAAGGAGGGUCAUCUGGCAGGACAUGUAGGCCGCUAGUGAUAAGUGUGAUCGCUACAGGCCCACAUGAUGCAGCACAUUAAGAGCCAUGCUGUGAGAGCAGGUUCACAGAGACAAACGGGCCUGCUGAGGAUGAACUGUGGAGCUUCACUAAACGGAAUUAGUGGGAAAACAUCAGUGUUGUGCAGGAGAGGGUUGACAACUGUAACACCGGACUGUUCACUGAGAAAUGCUUCAGGCCACCACACUAUGUUUUUAUGUCCGUUUUACUUAUUGUCCUACAAUAAGCAUUUACGUUGUAAUUUGUGCAUACGUGCCGCCGGGCUUGUAUGGAUUUCAGAAAGCAACAGAAUCAAGUGAACAAUGUAUUUCACUCACAUUAUUACGAAUGUUCAUUUGACUUUUGUGUUAAAAUUUGCAUUAAAAACACAACAGCUCAAUGCUCACAAA